AUGCGACUCUCUACGACUCACGAGACACAUGAUCAGCCGCAGAUCAAAGAGACGCCGGACGCGGAGACGCUCACACCAAGGAAGAGCAAAGAAGCGCCCCGCAUCUAUGCCAUUGAAGUGAUGUACAGUAGAACAAACUGCUAUUAUUUUGCGCCGGGACUGAGCAUCAGGCCCGACAUCAGACUCUCGGCACCAAGAUUGUGA